AAAAACACCAGACGUCUUCGCGUCUGGCGGGUUCAAACCUGGUAGAGGGGACCGGCAGGGUACUCAUUGAGUAAGCUGCUUCAGACCAGUAGGUCAUCAGGUUUAUACCGUGCUGAGUACUCCUUCUGACAUCCUGGUCUGUAGUGCGCAUGCGGGGUGCCCUUGUGUUUUACGGUGACGUCACCGCGAACCUUCGACAGUACGACAUCACCGCCAGCCUUCGCCAGUCCCCUACGUGCCUUCCAGCACGAAUGCACACUACCAGGUUUGAACCAACAGACGCUUGCCGCUGAUCGGUAGUUUGUGAGUCCACGCCGGUUUCGUGUACGCUCGGAAAAGAUGAGCAGUCAGGGUCAACACACUGUCCCCAUGAGGGUAUUGGUGACAGGAGGAUCUGGUUUGGUGGGUCAGGCAAUACGUCGUGUGGUCAAAGAGGAGGGAGGAGCCAAGGAGGGAGAAGAGUGGAUAUAUCUGUCCUCUAAAGACGCCAACCUCAUAAACGCAGAGGAGACGCUGGCGGUGUUUAAGAAACAUCGGCCCACACACGUCAUCCACCUGGCUGCGAUGGUGGGAGGACUUUUUAAGAACAUGAAGUGCAACCUGGACUUUUUGAGAAACAACAUCUACAUCAACGAUAAUGUGCUGCAGGCAGCACAUGAAGUGGGUGUCGUCAAGGUGGUGUCCUGUCUGUCCACCUGCAUCUUUCCUGACAAAACUACAUAUCCUAUUGAUGAGACCAUGAUCCACAACGGGCCCCCACAUGACUCCAACUUCGGCUAUGCCUACGCAAAAAGAAUGAUCGAUGUCCACAACAGGGCUUAUUUCCAGCAGCACGGAGGCUGCUACACAGCCGUCAUUCCCACAAAUGUGUUCGGUCCUCACGACAAUUUCAGCAUCGAGGACGGCCACGUGCUUCCAGGGCUCAUACACAAAACAUACAUCGCUCAAAAAGAGGGAAAGCCUCUGACAGUCUGGGGUUCCGGUAAGCCAAGGAGACAGUUCAUCUACUCUUUGGACCUGGCUCGACUCUUCCUCUGGGUCUUGAGGGAGUACCCAGAAGUCGAUCCAAUCAUUCUUUCUGUUGGUGAGGAAGAUGAAGUUUCCAUCAAAGAGGCAGCAGAAGCAGUGGUGGAAUCGCUGGGCUUUAAAGGAGAAGUAGUGUAUGACACCAGUAAAGCUGACGGUCAGUUCAAGAAAACGGCGAGCAACGCUAAACUGUGCCGCUACCUGCCAGACUUCAAAUUCACCCCAUUCAAAGAAGCUUUAAAGGAAACCUGCGACUGGUUUGUCGCAAACUAUGAAACUGCCCGGAAGUGAGUUUUGCAGCAGUUCUUGUUCGAGGCUGAAGGAGGUUUAAGACUCCAACCGAAGACGUUUGUUUUCACGGUGACAGUGUUUCUUGCUGACGCUGCAGGAAGUGUCUUACAGAAGCAUAUUUAUUUUGGUUUCUUUCAAAUAAUCAGCUCAAUUAAGUUGUAGGUGAUGGUAACAUUUCCAAAAAACAUUUUUUUACAUUUUCAGUGGGAAAAUAGUUUGCACUGAAGUAUCUUUGUGAAAAGGCUUUGACAUGUCACUGAUUCUACAGGGCUUUUUUAUGUACACUGGCACAGAAUAAAAUAUUUUAUAUCUAA